GACGCUUCCAGGCCUGUGAUUGGUGCGGUCACGUCACCGGCCUUGUUUGAUAACAUUGAGACUCCGACACAGUGGAACCGAGACGCAGGCGUUUGUUGAUCCAUUGACCCGUGAGAGCCCAGAGCCCAGGAGAGGACCCAGCUCAUUGAAGCAGCUCAGAGACCCAAGUGUUUGUGCUGUCAAGGUGAUGUCAGCAGCCUGUCUCGCGCGCCUGGCAAGGUGCAGUGGUCCUCACGUGGGUCGCACUGGUCUUUUUCAAAUGUUCGUAGUCCCACUCCCAUUGCAGCCAGACAGCCACCUCCAGUACACAGUCAGUCGUAGACAGCUUCACAGCCCUACAGAACGACGACACAGCAACACGCGUUUUGAUGCCGACAGCAGUGGCCGCCCCACGACUUGGGAUUCAUUUGGCAUCUGGGACAAUCGUAUUGAUGAGCCCAUCCUGCUGCCCCCCAGCAUUCGCUAUGGCAAGCCCAUUCCCAAAGUCAGCUUAUCCAAAGUGGGCUGUGCCUCACUCAUUGGUCAACGCAAGGAGAAUGAAGACCGCUUCCAGGUCUCCCAAAUGACUGACAACACCCUCUACUUUGCUGUUUUUGAUGGGCAUGGUGGACCAGAAGCAGCUGACUUCUGCGAAAAAUACAUGGAAAAAUUCAUCAAGGACCUGCUGUCAGAGGAAUCUAAUCUGGAAUUAGUUUUAUCAAAGGCCUUCCUCGAAGUGGACAAAGCUCUUACAAAGCACUUGCACUUCUCUCCAAAUGUGCUGGGGAUGAAUGCAGGAACCACUGCCACUGUGGCCCUGCUGAGAGACGGCAUAGAGCUAGUGGUGGGCAGUGUGGGUGACAGCCGCGCCAUGCUGUGCCGCAAGGGCAAAGCCCUUAAACUCACUGUCGACCACACUCCUGACAGGAAGGAUGAGAAAGAGAGGAUCAAGAGGAGUGGGGGUUUUAUUACUUGGAAUAGUCUGGGCCAACCAAAUGUCAACGGCAGGUUGGCGAUGACACGCAGCAUUGGAGACUUUGACCUGAAGAACAUGGGGGUCAUUGCUGAGCCUGAGACCAAGAGAGUGACGUUGCACCCUGUCCACGACGCAUUCCUGGCUCUGACCACAGACGGCAUUAACUUCAUUAUGAAUAGCCAGGAAAUCUGCAAUGUCAUUAACCAGUGCCACGACCCCAAAGACGCAGCUCAGAGAAUAUCUGACCAGGCUCUUCAGUAUGGCUCUGAGGACAACAGCACCAUUAUUGUUGUUCCCUUUGGUGCUUGGGGAAAGCACCAGAAUUCGGACUCAAGUUUUUCCUUCAGCAGGAAUUUUGUGUCCAGCAGUCGCUGGGCAUAGUCAGCAGGACGUUGGAUGAAAUGCUGCGGUCUGUGGACCUAAUUAUUCUGUGCAAUACAAUCGGUGCCCUUGAGGAAAAAAAAAAAGAGUUUGGUUUGCCCAAACAAUAAUACCUAUGGGUUAAAACAAUUUGUUUAGGGUAACAUGAUCAUUUUUAGCCUCUGUAAUGUCAGAGGUGGUGAAUUAAUGUGCACUUGAUUAAAAACAUUUUCUUUCUACAAGGUUUUAUCUACUAGCAAGCCAAUGACCUAAUAAGUGCUAAAAGUUGAGAAGCAUGUGAAUGGCAGACAGGAAUUAAUGGUGACACUUACGGCCUAAGAUUUUAAGACAAGUAUUCUUGUGUCUGCCAUUCAGAUAUAUUUUGUGUAUUUAGGUGUUCAUAAUGCCCAAGUUUGCACUUGUUGUUUUCAUCUUAACUUAAGGAUAACUUAACUUGGAUAAGUUACAUUUUUAAGACAGUGGUGCAUUUGGAUUUCGCCAGUUGUUUUUAAGCCUCUAAUUCUGGUACAUUUGUCAGUGUUAACAGUAGGAGCACAAGUGUACAAGUAAAUAGGAAAAUGGAUUUUCAGAACCCUUGUACGAGAAUACCAAAUGUACUUAAAUGCACAUACAAGUCAAAUCUGCAGCAACUGGAAUAUAAUCAAAUGCAAAAUGGUGAGUAGUUCUUAAUGACUCAUGAUUCUGGACCUUCCUUUUCAUGUAAUGGAUCAAAUCAUCUAAAACAGACUAUACAGAAAUAAUUACUAAAUUCACUUUUGCUAUUUUAAACCCAUUUUUAAGUACUUCCCCAUUAAAGAGAUUCAACACUUAAUGUCCUCUCUGUACUUAUAGUACUUCCUAAAGCACCCCCGUUGAGCAUUGAUGCUCAUUUGCUCAAUUGUGAUGGUUUGAGCAAAACCCUUAAUGUUCAGUAAUCUGGUGAGCUAGUGGGCUGUGUGAAUGGAGUUGCUGAUUGCUCAGUAACUGAACCUGGCAUUUAAUAAUAAGACUGUAAUGUUUGUCGGAAUUAAGAAAUUGCUCAGCCUUGUAUAAGUGUUACUAUCGGUCGUGAUUUGAAACCAGUCUUGUUAGGGCACUGUUGAGUGUGCAGGGUACAGAAAUGUUGAGUUUAUGUUUUGUAAAUAAUAAUAAUAAUAUACUAUUUAUGUAUAUCUGGAAUACUGAUAGUUCUCUGACACAUUUACUUGAUAUUUUGGCUCAAUGUCAUAUCAGAAUAUCUGACACGCACAGGAUCUUUGCUUCAGUGCUUGUGUAAAGUGGCAUUAUUUUAAUUGUAACUCGGUUACAAUCGGUAAUUCACCAUUUACACUAAUUGUCACUCAGCAAGAGUAAAGCACACUUAAUGCAACGCUAUUUAACUGUUCAGCUGAGAGCCAUGUAUGACAAUUUGAAUGUUUAGCUUAAAUGCCCUCCAUGAGUAAGAAAUACAAUCAAGUACAGGAGUAAUUAAGCUGUAUAAGUUGUCCUGGCGUACCUGAUAAGUGCAUACAGUUCCAAUGCAAAACAGACUAAACCCAUUAGAUUCACUGUGCAGCUUUUGUUUGUUGCUUUGUAUUGUGGUUACAGCUUGACAAAUGAAAGCAUCCAUAUUUAUCAGUAACGUGUUCUGACUUGUGAGACUUGCAAAUGUUGUGUGGCUAUCAGUUUUUCCUCAAAUAACACUUAUAAACGUUUUGUAUGUACCCUCCUCUUCAUUCACAUAUUGAAUGAAACCUUGAUUUCUGUCUGAGAAGCCGCCUCAUCUGUUGAAGCUUUCUUUCACAGUGUGUUCAGCAUUUAUUUUACUGUAUUUUGUUUUAUUGCCUCUUAGGCACAAUCAUUUUCGCUGUGGACCUGUCAAUGGGACUAAAUGUGAUUUUUCAACAGCACUGUUACUGUAUUUUUGAUCUAAAUGGCUCGUGACAUCUGAAUUAAAAACAACAAAGCAAAA